AUGGGAUGGCGAAAGGCUCCCCAGGGCUCUUCCCAUCUCCCCGUCAAGGGAAGACCGCCGAAGACCAGGCUCCAGCUGACAUGUUUCUCCUCCCUUUGCACAGGAGAAUUCGAGGGCAGAGAGGUCAACGCGGCGCCAAGCAGCCUGACCCGGCUUUACCCGGGGAGGCCUCCGGAGGCCCCUGCUUCAGCCAGCACCCCCUCUGCGCUAGGGCUCCUACACCGGAAACUGCAAGCCAAGCAGGGCCCCCCUCCUCCUCCUCCACUCAGUGCCACGCAGCUGCUCCAGGAGCCCUGUGGGGGAGGGUGCCGGCCGCCCAGCACACCUGGACAGGGGAUCACAGCACGGUGGGAGCCAAGCCGAGGUCUGUGCUGCAGGUCCUCCCCCCAGGGUCUGGCACAGGAACACCCCCUUGAGCGGGCAGGGGACAGGGGGCUGUGCCUCUCCUCUGUGCCACUGCCUCUCCCCCAGCAGCCCAAGGACUUUGCCAGCUCCAGCGGGGAGUUUGCCCUCGCCAGAUGGGGCUUCUUGCCCAGUGGAGUCCUCCUGAUGUCAGCGAAGCUUAGCCAAGACAGGGCCCCCCAGCCGGGACAGCACCUGCCCCCCAACAUCUGCAUUUUGACCCUGGCAAUGAUGAUUGCGGGCAUCCCAACAGUCCCAGUGCCAGGGGUUCGUGAGGAAGACAUGGUCCAUGCUGCCCAGUGCUUCAUGGCCGGGAAUCUGGAGCUGGAAGGAAUGCAAGGGGAGGCGGCCCAAAGGAGGAGGUGGGCUGCAACGCAGCGCCUGGGGCCCUCCGGCAAGAGAGACAGGCAGCGGAAGAGGCCAACCGGCAGGAGCCUCCUGCCUCUGUUUCUAGCACAGCUGGAGAAGUAAAAGCAGGAGGCG